GAUACGUAAAUAGACGGAUGUUGUUCUUGUUUCUGCUGCUUGUUAUUUUCUCAUGCAAGCAAGCAACACAGAAAAAGAAGCGAAGCUAUUAAUAAGAAUAUUCUGAAAUAAUAUAAUGCUACAAGAAGGCGGUCGUCGAAUCUGCGCUGCUGUGCAAUAAUACGUCAAAUAAUGGGAACGACACCAGGCAGCAGCACCAGUCUAUAAGGAAAAAAUUAAAAGCCAAAAAAAAAAACGUAAAAGGGACAGAGAAAAAAAACAGUACGCAGCAAAAUUGAAAUAAAAGCGAAAUUCCGAUUUCGAAUCAAGUGCGUUGUUGUUGUGCGCUGUGCUGCUUACAUAUUGAAUUAAAAAAUCGUCGCAAUCAGUUUCACGUUCAGUUGUGACACAAACACACUCACACCAACAUCACAUAGAACAUUUAGUAGUGAGAGUGAGAAAAUCCUUUUGCCCCUUUUCAAUGGAUGACGAAUUGGAAGACAAAAUCUUCUAUCAAACAUACGUAUCGCAUAUGAAAAUCCUGUCCAAGUUUGCAGUGGGCUUCUCGUCCAUCAACUCACCGUUGGCCUAUUUAUGGAAACUAUGCCGCAUCUACGUGCUACGGCCCGAGGUCAUAUUCUGCGGCAUCAUUCUGUUUGUCUUGUUGAUCUAUUUGCAAGCGGUCGAUGUAUGGAGUCGCAGCAUCUUGGGACGCAUCCAAGCGACGCUCGGACGUCAAAAGUCUGCGUCAUCGCGUGUACUAGAAAUGGCGGGCGGCGCCGGGGAUCAUCAAAGCUGGGAGGAGGUGCGUCAGCAGAGCGCCGCCUUCGCUGUGUUGGGACGUAGACCGCAUAUGGAAGACAGGUUCAUCAUUGAGGAGAACAUCAACAACAACACAGCGAUUUCGUUCUUUGCUGUCUUCGAUGGUCAUGGCGGUGAAUUUGCCGCGGACUUUGCACGCGAUGUGCUGGUCAAGAACAUCUACAACAAGAUUAUUGAGGUGCACAAGCUACUCAAGAGCGAUGGCAAAGACGACUUCGCAGGCUACGACAAGAGUCCGUAUCUGGCGCGCAAGCAAAGCCGCAAGGAUGCCACCAGCAACAAGGAGAAUGAACCCGUGGCACGGAAAGAUAGUUUGCGUAAGGCGCACAGCACAACUGUUGAGUGCAAACCGGCGAAGACAACAGAGGCUUCAAUUGCGGACUUUUAUACAGCGCAGCUCAACAGUGCCAUGCGUGCCGCAAAUGGUGGCAAUGCAGCCAAAGAAACGUUUCUUAAUAACAACAAUAAUGCACAAAGUGCGGGCAAUGCGCCGCCUCCCAGUUACGAAGCUAAAUGCUACAUUGAACACGGUCGCAUUAAUUUUGGCAAGCUAAUCACAGACGAAAUACUCGCAGCGGAUCACAAACUAGUGGAGCAAGCGAAGCAGGCAACCAACAUUGCGGGCACCACCGCCUUGAUGGCCAUUGUGCAGGGCAGCAAGUUGAUUGUGGCCAAUGUGGGCGAUUCGCGUGGCGUCAUGUUUGAUGCACGUGGCAUUGCCAUCCCCUUGUCCUUUGACCACAAGCCGCAGCAGGUGCGUGAACGGAAGCGUAUUCACGACGCUGGCGGCUUUAUUGCGUUUCGUGGUGUUUGGCGCGUGGCUGGCGUCUUGGCCACGUCACGAGCACUCGGCGAUUAUCCGCUGAAAGAUAAGAAUCUUGUCAUCGCCACACCAGACAUUUUGACCUUCGAGCUAAAUGAUCACAAGCCCCGUUUUCUAAUACUCGCAUCAGAUGGUCUUUGGGAUACUUUUAGCAACGAGGAGGCCUGCAGCUUUGUCCAGGAGCAUCUAAAGGAGCCGGACUUCGGUGCCAAGUCUUUGGCCAUGGAAUCGUAUAAGCGCGGCUCCGUCGACAACAUCACAGUGCUGAUAAUUGCCUUUAAGAACGAUGUGUAUCGCAUUGGUGGCAGCAAGUUGCCUGCUGAUGCAACUGCUGCAGCUCCAGCUUCAGUGGCCAAGGCGCCAGCGGCGGCAGCUUCUGUUGUGCAGCGAUCAAAUUCAAUCAAAACAAAGUGACAGGUGUUAUGGUGGUCCAACAGGUGUUCGCGAUUUUGAAUAGCAACAAAAAAUUAAAAGAAAACGAAAAAAAAAACCUCUCUAGACAAAAACAUUAAAAAAUAAUGAAGAGAAGAGAAAAAGUGCCCAAGUGCUUUUUUGAAAUGACAAAUUUGCUGCUUGGUUUCGAAUUAGGAUUUGUUUAUUUAUAGCAAUUGUUUGUUUUUGUACAAAUUUGUUUAGCAUUAUCACAUUUUACCCCCUCACACAAACACUCACUCAUAUUUAAACACGCAUACACUUCCUAUAUAACAACAAACAACAAAAACAUUCAUUCAUCAAGUUCAUAAAUAUUUAUUUAAAUUAUUUUGUUAUGCACUUAUAUACUAUUUGUAAAAGAAAAAUAUUUCUUUUCUAACUUAUGAAACGCGUUUACAAAUAAAAACAAAAACUACUCG